AUGCUGAAGCCCACCUUCAAGUUUUUGAAGACUGAACAGUGGACGCGCUGCUUGUUUAAAAGCCAAAAACGACUUGCUCCUGCUUGGGACCUUCUCUCGGCUCCGAAAUAUAACAGACGCUUUUUUUACUCUAGCUCCAGCAGGUGCCAAGAAAGCAUGAAUAGAAUCGCAAUUGGGCAGAUGUGCUCUUCGAGCUCUCUUGACCAAAACCUGGGAGUAGUCAAGACAUUGAUAGACCAGGCCCUCGCGAGCGAUGCUAAAGUUAUUUUCUUUCCCGAGGCUGCAGAUUACAUCUCACGCUCGGCGUCACACUCUCUGGAAUUGGCAGAAAAGUCGCCCGCCUUUGUCGAGGGAUUGCAGAAAGCUAUUCCAGAACUUUGCAGUAAGCACCAGAAGCGUAUUGACGUUUCGAUCGGCGUUCACCUACCUGCCACUAGUUCAGACAAAUCACAGCAUGACACGCGGCUCAGGAACUGCCUUUUGUACAUCACCCAUGAAGGUAAGAUCCGCCAAGAAUACCAGAAACUGCACCUUUUCGACGUGGAGGUACCUAAUGGGCCCAUAUUGAAGGAAAGCCAGGCGGUGCAGCCCGGCCGGGCGAUUCCAGAUGUUUUGGAUACGCCCGUAGGCAAAUUGGGGUCUGCUAUUUGUUUCGACGUCAGGUUUCCCGAGCUUGCACUUAAGCUUCGGAGCAAAGGUGCCGAGAUUUUGUGUUUCCCAAGCGCUUUCACUAUGAAGACGGGAGAGGCCCACUGGCAGCUUCUUGCCUGCGCCCGCGCCCUCGACACACAAUGCUACGUGAUUAUGCCGGGUCAGCAGGGUGAGCACGAAGUUGGUAUCGAUCCCAGUAAACCUGGCGAAUCCCCGCUCAAGCGAGUUUCUUGGGGCCAUUCUAUGGUUGUAGGCCCAUGGGGGAAAGUGGUUGCAGCCGCCGAUCCCGCUAACAACGAGCCCCAGCUUCUUUUAGCGGACUUAGAUCUCGAUGCUCAAAAGAAAAUCAGAAGAGAUAUGCCACUGUGGGAACAGCGCAGGAGAGAUGUCUUUGGUGACUUUGUGUGA